GGGCGCGACCGUCCAAUACGUUUUCCCUCCCCCUUUUUCCCUUCUUCCCCCGCUGAUGUUCGAGAUAUGACGAAUCUCGAACGACGACUGAUUGACGACGACGACGGCGCGGCGCCGGCGUCCCACUACUCUACCAUCGCUUCUCAUCGCGACCUACGCAGGUGCCACGACGGUGGCACCGCCCGGCCGCGCAGCCCGCGAGCGCGGCCGACCAGCUCUCUGCGCGAACGUCCUGGACGAGUUCGUUCGUGCUCUUCUUCCCCGCUCGACCUCACGUCGGGCGGGCCGGCCCGUGGGCUCCACGCCCCUCCGGGUCCGAACGGUCCUCUUCAGGGCCGUCAUGUUCCCCCUGCACUGAUUGAUACCCCCACAUCGUCCUCUUACCCCGCGUGUCGUUUCCUUCUCUCCCCCAGCGCUCAUAAGGAGUUCGCAGUCGAA